GUGCCAUUGAAAUGACUACCACACAGAACAGGCACUCCUCACCCGAAUAACUAGGGUUUCAGAAGAGGGUUUAAGCCAAGAAGAAAGAAGACCGGAGAGAAGCUCCUCCCAUGGCCUCUACCUCCUCCUACUUCGCCUCCCUCUCGAGGCGUCUCCUCUCUCGCCCUCUCCUCCCCCGCCCCUUCUUCUCCUCCGCUCGCUUCUUCUCCACUCCCCUCGUCGGCGACGAGUCCGACUCGGACGAUUUCCGUCCCGAUGCCGACCAAGCCACUCCUCAGUCGUCGUCCUCCUCCCCCGGCGCAACCCCUCAGCAGCGCCUCCAAUUCCAGCGCCCCCUCGAGAAGGGUCUCGACGCUGGGGUCUAUAAGGCUAUAUUGGUCGGCAAGGUCGGGCAGAGGCCGGUCCAGAAGCAGCUUAAGAGCGGGCGGGGGUUGGUUCUGUUUUCCCUCGGGACUGGAGGGAUUCGGAACAACCGGCGGCCGCUCGAAAACGAGGAUCCAAGGCAGUAUGCCGACCGUUGCGCCGUGCAGUGGCACCGGGUCUGCGUGUACCCGGAGCGACUCGGAAACCUCGCACUCAAGCACGUCAUGCCUGGAUCUGUUUUAUAUUUAGAAGGCAAUCUGGAGACCAAAGUAUUCAGUGAUCCACUAACUGGACUUGUUAGGCGCAUAAGAGAAAUUGCUAUCCGCCGAGAUGGUCGUCUCGUCUUUCUUGGUAAAGGUAGUGAUGCCAGCCAAUCAGAGCAAGUAGAGUUGAGAAGUGCAGGCUAUUACUAAGGUGAUGUUGAAGAUGAUCCUGGAUGAUACAUUGUUGUAGAGAUGAAAAGCACAAUGCUGCCUCUUCUGAACAUGCGAGAGAAAUAUCGACAUACUAUUUUUCCAGUUGCACAAUCUGAUGAUCAACCAUGCAACUGUGUGCUCAUAGUGUCAGCCUUUGCUGACGAUUGUGAUUGGCCAUAAAAAUGCAGGAUGUGAUGAGUAUUUUGCUUCAAGAACGCAAGCUAAAUUUGGUAAUUACAUUGUCAAUCAUAUGAAUCUAUCAAAUUUACAAUUUGGGGAGGCAUUCUUUUUUUUUUUUGGUUAUUUUUAUCUUUCCUUCCAACUCUGUCCAGGCAUUUUCUGCAAUGCUUAUUGGAAGAAUUUUGUUAUGCUAUGAAUUCUUAUGUAUGUUCUCAUUUUGUUUGCUCUUUCAUGCAAAUUCUGUCGGACCGAUUUGAUGGA